AAAACCCAAAUCUCACGACGUCAGUCGAUCUCUUUAUGUCUCGCGGUAUUUCCUGUAUCUUCCUCUUUUAUCCCCUGUAGCCAACAUGGCAGUCGGCAAGAAUAAGAGGCUGACCAAAGGCGGCAAAAAAGGUGCCAAAAAGAAGAUGUAAGUAAAAAAUUCAGACAACGCUGUACUAAUCAGAGUGUGAUUACACCAUAUGUUAUAUUUCGGGGCAGAAAAUGUUGAGGAUGAGGCUGAUUUUGAAUGGAUGUAACGGGGCUAGUGCUAGUCUCGUCAUCGCCGGCCUGAGUAGCGCUGGAUGGAGUUGUGACAUGCUGUCCCCCUUUGCUCCGUGCUCUGCCGGCCCGUCACAUUUAAGUCUUUAUUCUUGUACUAGUGCAAUUCACUCUACAUGCUCAUACCGCCAAAGAAAUAAUCCGCAUUUGAAAAAGUUUGGCCGCAGAGAUGCGAACAGAAAUGGUGAUAGAGGCGAAAGCUAAGACAAGUUAGCAUGGAUUAGCAGAGGUUGACAAGCUGUGUUGGAUGUCUUUAUUGAAUGAUACUGUUGCCACAUGGCGCAAGUAAGAAAUAAAACUGUCGGAGAUGCACUGCCGGGUUGUUUUUUACUUGCUGUCAAGAACCGAGAAGACUUAAGUCAAACCCGGUUGCUGAUGGUGCCCUCUACAGAGUGGUUUAGCUUGCUAGUUGUCAUGGUUGGAAAGCCAUGAGAUCUGUUGGCUUUUCCACCUUCAGACAGAUGAACGUCUUCACUUUUCUCCCUCUCUGCAGUGUGGACCCUUUUUCCAAGAAGGACUGGUAUGAUGUCAAGGCACCAGCCAUGUUCAACAUCCGCAAUCUUGGCAAGACCUUGGUCACCAGGACUCAGGGAACCAGUAAGUUUAGUCCUUUUACAGCGUGUGUUUCUGCUGGAGCAUGUCGCUCUCUUCAACUUGAGAGACAGAGAGUAAAUGUGUGGAGCAUUAGAGUAAUCAUGCAACAGACUAGGGCUGAGCAAUAUGGGUAAAAGUUUAUCGCAAUAUAUUUUAUGCAUAUCAGUCUAUCUAUAUAUAUCAUGAUAUAACAAAAUCACUUGUCGACCUUAAAUGUUCCCUGUUACUCUUAAAUGAAAUGUAACAGUGCUUAUUGGCACUGUCUUUUGCAAUACAAUAAGCUACUGCAUCUGUGAGGUCUUUGUGUCAUUCACUUCAUUCAUGUUUAUUGUCUAUUCGUAUAGUCUAUUAAAACACAGCAGAAUGCCAACUAUCAAAAAGCAUAUCGACCAUGCUUUAUACUGAUAUCGAGGGAAAUUAAUUUUCAUUAUAUAUCUUUAUUGUUUAGCCCUAAAACAGACUAUAUCGAGUAACAGCAAUCUUACCAAAUACCAACAUGACUUGAGCAGAUACAUAAGUAAUCUAUGUAUGCAUAGCAUUGGUGAUGCAAUAGGAUGACAAACUGUUUCAGUCCCAAAUGAUGGCUUCUGAUUACUUAGGUCAACUGAUUCUUGCCACCCAGCUCCCACAGCCACAAGAGAAUAGUAUUCAUGUGUCUCAUGAGUGUUACUUGCAGGCUAACCGGUGUACAUUAUCUGCGUUUUCCCCUCAGGGAUAGCCUCUGAUGGUCUGAAGGGACGCGUGUUCGAGGUGAGUCUCGCUGACCUGCAGAACGACGAGGUGGCCUUCCGCAAGUUCAAGCUCAUCACUGAGGAUGUUCAGGGCAAGAACUGCCUCACCAACUUCCACGGCAUGGAUCUGACACGUGACAAGAUGUGCUCCAUGGUCAAGAAAUGGCAGGUAAAGAUCGUUUUUUUUUUUUUUUUGUUAAGUGCUGAAAGAUAUCAUCCUAUGUAAUGCCAACACGAACAAUGUGAAUAUCAACUUCAGUAAUUGAUCAGAAGUCCAAGGUAGCUAUUUACAUACAUCUUACCAAAAAGCUUAGUUUUAGAAUUGUCAAGUUAAACAAAUCCAUGAGCUCUCUGGUUAUUAUGGGAUAUAAUGAGACCAGUUACUUCACUGUAAAGAUUUGAUGUCUAAAUGCCACAGGGGUGAAUAUAAUCAGAGCACAGUUUGAAUAUUUAUUCAUAUUCACUAGCAGUGUGAUUAUUUUUCCAAGUGUCCUGUUCUUUAUGUUGCUGUGUUGAUAAAUGACUGAAAGGGACGCAUUUGUUGAUCAAACAGACUCUCGCAGUUUGUGGAGAAACUGGCUUAACUGUUUAUAUUAAGGGUUUGUUUUUUUUUAGUGCGGUGUCCUCAAAGGCUGGAACUUUUUUCCUGAAGUGGAUUUCAAUAGAAUUCAAUACCUACCAGGCUAAGUGUCGAGUCAUUAUUGCCUGGGUAUCAUGCUACUUGUUUUGUGGAGCUCAAACAGCAGCUCAUUUGUGGCAAAGAGUCAAUAGAUUAUAGUGAAGUUUUUGCCCUCUGAGAGCAGAAAGGUCUUUGUGUGAACCUGAUUGUUUUGUUGAGUGGCAGUGUCAGAUGAAAUGCAGAUACACAGAAACUGAUAUUGAUGCAUAAGCAGGAGCUCUGUUUCACAACCGAAAUGGACCAGAGGUAGUUUCAAAAAGUUGAAACAACAUUAAAAUGGAGUUAUUCAGAUAUGGUUUAAGGGGGCAGGUACGAUCACGAGAACCGUUUUUUGAAGUUUUAAGGCAAGGAAUGAAACAUCCCCCUCAAACUCUAACCCUGAGUUAUUCUUUUUUUUUUCACAGACCAUGAUUGAGGCCCAUGUGGAUGUGAAGACCACUGACGGCUACCUUCUGCGUCUGUUCUGCGUGGGUUUCACAAAGAAGCGCACCAACCAGAUCAGGAAGACCUCCUACGCUCAGCACCAGCAGGUCCGCCAGAUCCGCAAGAAGAUGAUGGAAAUCAUGACCCGUGAGGUCCAGACCAACGACCUGAAGGAAGUUGUCAACAAGCUGUAAGUCGUGUGGUUUCUAUUGCUCCUUUACGACCUUUCUUUAAACUGCAAACUCAUUACACACCUCUGAAAUCUGUAAGCUUCAUUGAAAUAUAGUUUAAUAUUCCUCAUUUGAAGUGAAAAUACAUGAAGAGUAAUAUUAGCCAGUGUUUUCAAUUUCAGUGUCAGAGUGUAAAGUGAUUAAUUACCAUUUGUGUUAAUUGCUUUGUACUUCCGUGUGUUCCAGGAUCCCUGACAGUGUUGGCAAGGACAUUGAGAAGGCAUGCCAGUCCAUCUACCCUCUGCACGACGUGUACGUCCGCAAGGUCAAGAUGCUUAAGAAGCCCAAAUUUGAGUGUAAGUGAUGGCACUGCUGUAAUAACACACAUUUACCAUCUUUUGUACUCGAGGGAACGCAUGAUGACAAACUGUUUCGGUCCCAGAUGAUUCCCUGAUUACUACUUUUUGAGAUCAGCUGACGUUCCCAUGUUAAAGUUCUCUGUAAUUGUUAACCAAAACGGAGAGGCUUGCAAAGACAUGUCAGAGAUUUUUGUAGCUGAUUGGUAAAGGGUAAAAUUACAUGACUGCAGUUUUAGACUUCAUGGUUACAGCAGUAUGUGUUGUGUUGCAGUGGGCAAACUGAUGGAGCUCCACGGUGAGGGCGGUGGCGGCGGUGCUGCCAAGGCCUCUGGUGAUGACACUGGAGCCAAGGUGGAGAGGGCUGAUGGCUAUGAGCCCCCUAUCCAGGAAACCGUCUAAAACACCCUGACAGAUUUAAUAAAAAAUGUAAAUGACCAACACACUGUCCUGUUUUUCUUCAACCUGCAGAGGGUGGUCAAUACAAAUCAAAUUCAGCUGACCACCAAAAACCGAUCAACAUCAGGCUGUUGCAUUUCAUUGCUGGAGUUUUGCAUCCUCAUUGUAAAAUAAGGUGGUUCUGCAAGCACUCAUUAGACUAAACUAGUUUACAAUCUUAUGUUUUAUGGAGUUGGUUGUAGUACCGCACAAGUGCAAACAUUCAGUGAAACCUGUAUGUUUGUAUGAAACUUGGGUUACAUCUGCUGAAAUUUGAACCUAAUGGUAGUUUGACCCACAAAACUUAUACACAGUCAGACAAAUUCAGUUGCAUUCAGAAACCAAUAGAUGGUGCAAUUGUACAGAUAUGAAGAAAAUCAAGGAGUUUGUACUUCAAAUCACAUUUAAUUUUCCAGCCAACGGUAGUCAAUCCACAAUUAUGUUAAAUUAUACCAUAGAAACUUAAUUUGAAGUAAAGGCAGCAGGUAAAAUUAUGUUGCACUACUUGAAGCUGAAACACUUCCAUUUUUCAAGUGUUCAUUUCCACAGCUAAAGCUUGUCAUUUCAGUUCUGACCAUCCCACAGUGUCUUCUUUCUUUUGACACUAAGGUCAUAUCACAGCACUUGGAUAUAGUUCUUGGGGACCAAGGCCCUUUUCCCUCCUAGAUCACCCAGGAACCAUUCUUCAUCAACUGACUCAAGAUUGGUUACGAUGUCCCCAACCUGAGAAAGAGUAAGGCAUAAAUGAAUGAUGGUGCUCUAAAUUAAUUAAGUCAGGGGAAAACUUCUGAGUCCAAACUUAAGUCAGUUUACCUGUAGAGAGAGCUCUUCAUCACAGUCUGAUGUGAAGUUGAACAGAGCUUGGCCUCUGCUACCAUCAGCUGCUACAGUCUGCUGGUUAGUAAAUGACUGUUGGCCUGUAGAGAGAGGAAAAAUGAGUGAGAUGUGGGAUGUCUUUCUUUUGAUAGAUAUGCUCCUUUGUAUAAAUCAAUCUCCAAAUUUCAAGCCUCACCUUUAAACUUAAUAUCAAGCAUGUUGAAUCAAUGGUAUACACUAACAAGAUAAUGCAUUAAUUUCAUCAGCUUCCAAAAACUGAACACAGACUGGUACAUUUCCUCAUUCAAAUCUCACCCCAAUUUGUUGGUAAACAAAUAAACAUAAAAUAUUUUAAGAAUCAAUGAAAUAUGUCAAUGAAAUAGCAGCAACUUUCUCACAUCAGCAACAAAGACAGCAUCAUAACAACCACAUACCUGUGCUGCUCUCGACAAAAGCUCGAGGGAAAAUGCCCUCUCUGUCGUUGAGCCGGCCACAGCUCCACUCGGCAUCCAUGUGCUGUGUGAUGAGGAUACGGUCACCCUUUUGAAAGGACAGGUCACCCUCUGAAUUCCCAGCAAAGUCAUACAGAGCCACCACCCACUCCACGCUGGACUGAGACGCCUGCAGAUGAAGCAGAGCAAUAAGAGGGGAUGGUAAGAUUACUCAUGAUGGGAAAAAAAUGUUAAUUACUUUGCAGCAUUAGUAAACCUAAAAUAAAGAUUAGGUUUGUGGCAAAACCUGCGUCAUCCUUAUUGAUGCUUCUGUUUGAAUAAAUAUGGGUUACCUGAGCAGGUUUGGUGACUUCAGGGUGUGUAUUCGGGGAAGACACCAUGCCUGUGGAGAAAUGGAGCACAGGUUACCUUACCUGAAAGACACUCAUGCUUUCUUAUCAGGACACAUAAAAAUGAAGCAAACUCCAUGACACAUACGAAGUAAAGGUAUAUUGACACAGCAGUUUGUGUGAUUUGGGAGGUCUUUGUAAACAGCGACUUAAUGAAACAGAAACAGAAGCACAAAUUCCUAACAUGACAGAGGGAAAUGCCAGCCAGUGUAAAUAGAAAAGGAUAAACAAAGCCUCUUCUAAGCUGGACACCUUUUUCUUUUUGUACAAGGAUCAAGAGAGUAACAAGCUGCAGUGGUGUAAAUAUUCAUAGCCUAAUAAAAAUGUGUAAUAAAGUUUCAAGCUUAAAGAAAGGGUUUCGUGAGUUGCAUCCUACCAGGCAGAGCUAUCCUUGUGGGCUUUGUCUGCUGCUGACUUGGUGGUGGAGGCAGAUCUUCAACGAUCUCCACAAAGUUCAGGGGGAACAUUCCAGUAGAGGCACCAAUCUUUCCCCGAGCCCAGUCCUCUCCAAUGUACUCCUUCAGCUGGAUCACAUCGCCCUCAGAGAAGGACAGCUCAUCACUGUGUUCACCCUCAAAGUCGAACCUGGCUACGCACCGUGGGCCACUGCAGAGGAGGAGAAAAUAUUAAAAACAUCAGAUUAGAUUAGAAGUGUGGCUCCUACAUGCUCAUACAACCGGUGUGGUGUAAAACAUUACCUGACUGUUGCUGAAGGUGGCUUUGGGGGAGGCUUUGGUGAAUUUGACUGAUUGAGAAGUGAACAUAAAAUGAUCUAGGUUAAUGCAUUUCUACAUCAGUAUAUUGUCCUCAACAAAAGAAUAAUGUGUGAUAUUCAAGAAGGUUCAAGAUUUAUAUCAAUAAGACUUACCAGGACUUUGACAUGACUGAUGGGGAAGAAACCGGUGGAUCCUCUACAGGUGCCGUUAUACCACUCAUUGUCUACCUGCUCCACAUUGGUCACAACAUCACCUGCUCUCAGACCCAGUUCUCCUGGACCCUCUGUGUGUGAAAAAAAAAAAUAUAUAUAUAUAAUAAUAAUGAUAAAAAUAGAAUUUAAGACAUAAUGGUUUAUGGCCUCUGAAUUAUAAAACUUAUUUUUAAAGCUCCUGUGAGUUUUUUUUUAAUUCAUAAAAAACACUAAAAUUCGUACCGAUGCCUUUUUAAUCAUAUCCAAAAGCAAACAAGGCCAUCAGCAACAUUACUGAUGAUUUUUUAAUAUGUGAAACCUUUGCAAGGGUUUGGGAGUCAGCUGAAUCUCUGUAGAAACAGCCAUUUUUAUACAAUUCCUAUAUAAAACAGUAACAGUUAAUGAUAUACCAGUACAUCAAAAGUAAGCAAAAUAUGAUAUUGUGUCAGAGAACACUGUUAAUAUGUAGGACAAGUUUAAGGGAUAUUCUGGGGUAAAAUUAGCUUAGGGUCAAACACACCGUAACACCGAGUUAGACGUCCCCUUGAGAAAUGAAUGUUUCCAAUCGCUUGCUUCUCUGGUUAUACCAACUUAGUAACUACCGCACGAUAGCAAUACACAGGGGUCUAAGGAACCAUAAACAAACCUCAACCAAAAAGCCACUCUAUAGCCACAAAUAAUGCUCAGAACAGCACCUAACUUCAUCAACAGUACAUAUAGGGUCCGAGCCACAGCACUAGCCACCAAACAUCUUUUCAACUUUGCCUGAUUUCUUUAGCAAAGAGACUAAACACAACUCACCUACUCUCUUUAAGCAGCCACUUGUUUGUAGCGAGACUUGGUGUUACAGUGUGUUUAAGACUGCUUUGCCCAAAGGGGUGCCAAAAAUUAACACAAGUCCUAAAUCCUCACAACAGCUUGAAAAAUACACUGUGUAUUUUUCAACUUGCUGUUUUUUUUCAAGUUGAAUUGACAUUUUGGGGAAAUACUUGUUGGCUGGGGUUGAAUAAAAAAAUGUACCAACUUAAUAUCUAUGUAGUAUUGACCCAGCUAGUAUACACACAAGAAGAAACAUGUCUCUCUUCAAGUUAAAAAAAACUAUACACUUUCACGUGUCUUAGAAAACAAUAUUUUUAUUCAUUAGCCUGAGUGAGCACAGAGCCUGUUAUUUAAUUUGCUUUUACUUCUUGCUUCCUGCUUUUGCUAUUUGGAUGGGAUAGUUUGCUUUCUUGCCCCAACACAAUGCACAAGGACAAAGUUCGCCUGACUCAGAGAGUUUCAGAGUUGGAUAAAUCCUCUAAUCAUACUCAUGACUAGAAAGCAAAUAAGUGUAUUUGAUGUUGGACUAUUCUUCUGAUGCUAAGCCUCAGCCACUAUUAGCUCGUAUGUGCUGUUAUGUUACCUGGAUUGAAGUCAUACACAGCCUGCACCUUCAGACCAGAUCCACUCGCAUUAGUUGGACCUGCACUCUGCAGGAAGAGAACAAAGACACUCAAAGGUCAAUGUAUCAAAGCCCACUGACUACAAUAGGAGCAAGUCAAGUCUCAAAUAUCAGAGCUAUGUAUUCAUUCAUGUUGAAAAGACAAGUUACCUGUGGUGGGGACAAGUGCGAGGCGGUGGAAAGUGGAGUUAUAACCUUCAUAUAAGACUUGCUGACUCGGCCUGUAGCGUCUCCCACCUGACACUCAAACAUAUUGUGGUCAGUUUCCUCCAGCAGCAGAAGCACUUCAUUUUUCUAUUAAAAUAGAGCAAGAAAAGUAUAAACUGCUGUUGAACAAACUUGAUAGGUUAAGAUCAAUUCUGUCCUAUUUGCUUUAUGGAUACCUGGAAAGACAGUUCUCCUGUGUUACUGCCAUCAUAGUCAAAGGCAGCAAUCCCAUGAGGAAGUUGUAGCUGGUAAAAGAAAAGGCAAAAAUGAAAAAGGAUGCUCUUAAUAAUGUCGAUAUUUCCAAUAUGGUUGAAGCCAGAAGUUGUACAGUGGGAAUGUCUCACUGUGUAGUUGUUGUAGAGACGGUGGCCUGGGUUGGGCCUUGGAGGUAAGACGGGUCCUCUCCUGUGGGGUUUCUGUGCUUGGGGUCUGGGUGAACCUUCCCAUGAUGCUGAGUGGGACUGAGCUGCAGCUUGAAGGCUGGGUGGGGGAGGUCUCCCUGGGCCUGUUUUGGCUGGAGGUGGACGUGGCGGGAGUGGUUUGUUUGUACUUGGUCUCCUGAAGUGCAACACCAACACAAAGAUGAGAGGAGUAGCAUUUGUAGAAGUAGAUUUCUGUCUCAUCUUCAACUGCUUAAUUAUUUUCUUUUAUACUCACCGAGGUGGAAGAGACGGCUCUGGCCCUGACUGGAACGACUCCUGCAGAGGAAUUCAAACGUGCAAUCUCGUUAACACUAAAACAAAUGCCCAGCCUAAAGCACUGGAAACCAUGGAGACCAGGCUACAAAACAUAGCAUUCAGCCUCAGGUAGCUUCAGCUCAACAGCAAGCAAUGAAGACCUCAGGCUAGAAUAGUUUCUUUGUUUGUGGAAAGCACAGGAAAAAAGCAGGUAGGCCGACAGCUAACAGAGAAUGUCAACAGCAUGAUUUACUCUGAGGCCAAAACACAUCAAAUCAUAUUUCAUACCAGAUAAAUAUUUGUAGCAGAUAUACUAGGAUGGCAAGAAUGAAGGCAAAAAACACUUCUCAGAUGAUGUAAAAUCUCACCUGUAAGGGGAGGACUGGUACCCGGCUUUGGCUGUGGUUCACUGAGGUGUGCAGGUAGCCUACAGGCUUUUGAGCAGGGAGCGGAGGAGGACUGUCCUGAAUAUUAUCUGAAACUGAAGAGAGAUAACGCCUUACAACUUACUGAAAAUGCUUUUCCCAUAAUAAAAAGGUUCCUCUUUAUAAUAUCAACAACAUUAAAUGAUCAGAUACAGUGUUCUGGUACAAAUACAAAAUAUUAAUGGUCACAUGAAGGGCAGACUCACGUGAAUCCGUUUUGCUGGGGACCCUGAUGGUGGUUGGUCUUCGUGUUAAGCUUUGUCGGGGGAAAGAGCCUCCAUUGCUUUCCACGUUGCGCUGAGGCUUGGCUGGGCUGUGAUCUAAACAGAGAGAAACUUUAUUGUACUUUUCAGGUUUUCAUGUGAUGUAGCGCCUUUAAAAAAUGCUUUUUGGUAUAUUGGAGAUUGACAUAUAUACUAUUUUUUGUUUGUUUGUUUUUGUUAAAACUGCUUAUUUGCCUUUUUUUAUAAUUGACAAGAUAAUUGACAAUGUUGGGGUCUUGUACUUCUUUCCAUGUCUUCUAAGUAUGAAGCUACAGCCCCUGAGGUAGAUAGCCUAGCUUAACCUUAAGACUGGAGGCAGAAGGACACAGAAAACGUGGGCCUCUUCAGAGUUUGGAAACACAUGCCAAAUCAUCAAAUCUUUACCUGAAUGGUCUAUUUUUAUAGUAUGAAGCUUUUAAGAGUCCUUGACUCAAGGUAAGCUAUUUAAGAACGUGAUUGUUACCUUUUUCAUAUUGCAAUUAGUGCUGCAACGAACGAUUAUUUUUUUGUCGACUUAUCUAUCGACUAGUCGUCCGAUUAAUCACGAUUAAUCACUAUCUUCUUUAUUUAUAAACACCUAUUUCCGGGGUGUCGGCGUUUCAGGUGCUCAUGCAUCGCCGUGGUGCUGCCAUGGUGGGAAAGCUGAGCUUUGAUCAACGUGUUUUUUUGGUUUGUUCUCCGUAAAAUGUUCCCAAACUUUUGAAGUUUUGGGUCGGAGUUUUUGAGCGUCUUUUUCAGUUUGUUCUGCCAUAAUGUGUGCACUCUUCUUCUGUGUUUGCUCGCGGGAUGUAAACAGCGAACGCUACUGCCCCCAGCACAUCCUGUAGUGCACUGCAGUUAUGGAUGAGCAUGAGGCGCCGGCAUGUGAUUCUUAACAACAAUAACACGACGCGUAGACGCUUCGUUUUCGUGUCGAUGAAUUUGUCGUGUCGACGUAAUCGAUUACGCCGACUAAUCGUUGCAGCCCUAAUUGCAAUCCUUUAAAAGAAUUAUACUUUUAAACAUAUAUUACACAUUCAUGUAAUGUAAUACAUGAAAAUUGACAAAACAAAAUGCUUACUUGUUGGACUUUCCACGUACUCAUUCUCUCUGGUCAUAGAGGCUGAGUUGUGGUUGUUUAUAUUAAGGUUGGGUUUCAGAGGCUCUUUAACAGGCUUCAUUGGAGGUGUAGGAGGUAAAACUGGUAUUGGUUCAUCUUCAUAGAUGCACUCAGACCUGGUCAGCACAGAUGGACGUGAUCUCUUUGGGAUGGCUGCCUUGUUGUGUAAAGUCUCUAGUUCAUCUCUAAUGGAUUGUCCCACAAGUUUCUUUGGGGGCUGAGGUCUUGGGGCUGGCGUUGGGGCCUUGGAGAUGUUUGUAGUUGAGACAUUUUGAUUAUUAUCCUCAGUGCUCGGGUUAAACUGGGGUUUUACAGCGACAGAAGGUUUGGCAGCUACGGGAGGUUUGAUGGACGCUGUCCUGGGUUUAGGUUCUGGUUUGGCUGGUUCGAGAUUUCCUUCCUCAGCAGCAACCUGGCUUUCAAAGGCCUGGAUCCUGGCACGGAUGUUGCGUUGACUGUGGUUGUCGUUCAUUUCGCCUCCAGCAUCUUCACCUUGUAAGGCCUCGUCUGAUUCGUUAGCAAUGUCACCGACCUCCUCACUCUCGUUAUCUGCACUGAAAACCUCCAAUAACUCCUUCAAAUACUUAUUUGAGAGGAGGUCUUCUUGUUCAGAUGGAUUUUCCUCACCACUUUCACUGAGUCUGACCAAAGGCUGAACUUUGGCCUUCUCUGUGUUGUGGGUGUUGAGUUUUUUAGUACGAGGUAGAGGAACAGGGCAUUGAACUUGUUCUGAGUCUGAUGGGGAGGGAGUAGUUUCAGCAGCAGGGGUAGAGAGAUGUUUUUUGGGGGGUAAAUCCCAGUGUACAAUGACAGAUCUGAUGUGUGUUUGUGUGGAAUUUGUUCGGUUUGGUUGCUUUGAAUCUGCCUUGGAGUCACUUUCGCCCUCAGCGCUUGUAGAGACUAUAGUAUUUGUUCCAACCUUUGCAUCAGACUCAGUGUCUGGCUCCUUGUCUAAAGGUUUUGGCAGUGAUGGCCUUGGUGGUUUCUUUGGCUUUUUACCUGCAAAGAAACAUGGUUAUUAUGAAAGCAGUAGAAUUUUAGAUGAAAACUAAAACUAAAAGCUGAACUUUGUAUUCAUGACACUCUCCUGUGGCUCACCAACAGGUCUUUUCCUUUCUGUCUGUGGAGCAGCACUGGAGUUUGCAGUGUCCUCCCUCACAGGGUCAGUUUGUGUGGCACUUGUGGUGGUGCAGGGAGUCCUCCGAGGAGCGGCAGUGGGCCUGACGAUAACGUGCUCUUCCUUGGUCUUUUCUUCAAUCACCUGGUCAUAGGAUGGUGGUGGCUAAGUUAUGAAAGAGAGAGCAGUUUACAUCCCCUUAGCCUUAAUAAUGGCCUUGAUACUGAAAGUAUUGGCCAUGGCAAUAAUAUCCUUGCAAUUAUGUGCAAAGCUUCUACUUGGUUAUUCGUUUGGUUUAAUGUAGAUGCUAUAAAACCACAGAGACCCAUCCAAAGUACCAUCCAGAGAUGAAAUCGACAAUCAAGUUUAAUUCAACAGAAGUGUCAAAUGGAGUCUACCUGAGAAACAGGCUGGACUCCCGCAGACCAGCCUGACUGAGGAGGAGGAGGAAAAACCACAGAGGCUCCUGAGAACCAGCUGCUACUGUUCAGAGGUUCUGCUGAGACAAUGGUGAUCUCUGGUCUCCUGAAUUAAAAAAAAAAAAACAAAAAAAACGUCUAUGGCACUGAACCAAAAUGCUCCAGUAUCAAUCAAUUUCUUUCUUUGCUUUGGUGGCAAAAGAUGAUACUGUUAUGAAGAUUAUUUAUUAGGUAACAAAGUCACAAAUUUGAUCAGAAAUACUGUAAUUUUUUUCACUCAUCAAUGAGAAGCUAGAACAGUCAAGAAAAACAACAACACAAUGACAUAUAAUAAUAUGAAUAAUAUUUUCAUUACCUUCUCUCUCUAGUGUGGUCACUCUGAGAGAUUGAUUUAGCUAGAGAAAGAGAAAUCAAUGUUAUUUCAAGUUUUUACAUCAUGUAUUAAUAUGUCAACAAUGUGGUAACAUGUUGUUGAAAUAUGAGCCCA